ACCGAAGAUGUUCCCGAAGCAUCUCGUUUUGAACAAGAGUUGAUGCUUCUUGAUGACGUGGAGGCAGAAGACGUUGUCCUGGUGGAUGAAAGUACGGCUGUUUCAACAAUCGGUGCACCGACCAGUGCACAUUGGUUGAGACCAGCAUUAAGACCAUUGAAUCCUUCAGCAGAUAACAUUGUCUUUCAGCAGUUUGAUGUUUCGCACUACAAAGGCGAAAGGCUGGCCGGAAUGCCAGGGGCUGCUCACAGUCCUGUACCUAUCGUUCGACUGUUUGGAGUAACUAAAGAUGGGCACAGCGUUCUUGCACACGUUCACGGUUUCCUUCCUUAUUUCUACGUUCCGGCACCGAAGGAUUUUUCACCGGCACAUUUGGGUGAAUUCCGAGAAGCGCUUAAUGCAGCUCUCCUACGCGAGGGUAGAUCAAAGGAAUUUGAAGGUUUACAGCAUCUGGUUCUGGCAGUUGAGUGUGAAAUGAAGGAAAAUAUUUACGGAUUCCACGGUAAUCGCAAAUCACCGUUUUUGCGAAUCGUGCUAGCUCUUCCCCGCCUUAUUGCUACAGCCAAACGCAUAUUGGACAACGGUUUCACUUUUUCCAGUUAUCCAAACCAGUCUUAUCCGGCAUUCGAAGCCAACAUCGACUUCGAGAUUCGUUUCAUGGUUGAUACUUCUCUUACUGGUUGUUGCUGGGUCGAAGCUCCAGCCGGAAAAUAUCGUCUUCGGGAUUCUAGCCAUUCAUCUGAUUCGGAGAACUCGAUUGUGAAAUCCUCCUCCGGACGUUCUCCACCGGCAAUGUCUCGUUGUCAGAUCGAGUUUGAUAUCGCUUGGGAUGCCUUGAUAAUUUAUGCACCCGAAGGAGACUGGAGUUCGAUUGCUCCACUGCGUAUUCUCAGCGUGGAUAUUGAAUGUGCCGGCAGAAAAGGUAUCUUUCCUGUCCCUGAAGAAGAUCCGGUGAUACAGAUUGCGACCAUGGUGAUUAACUAUGGUGAUUCGGUACCGUUCAUUCGAAAUGUAUUCACCCUAGGCACUUGUGCAUCCAUUGUGGGUUCUCAAGUGAUUUGUCACAAGACCGAAUCGGAAUUGCUAGAGCAUUGGGCUGCUUUUGUGCGUCAAGUUGAUCCGGACAUUAUCACCGGCUACAAUAUACAGAAUUUCGAUUUACCCUAUCUCAUUAAUCGGGCCCGCCAUUUGAAAGUGGACAGUUUCGCAUUUUUAGGGCGGAUACGAGGUGCUCGGUCAACCGUGCGUGAUGUCAUGAUGCAAUCCAAGCAGAUGGGUCGGCGGGAGAACAAGUUCACAAAUAUAGACGGCCGCGUGCAGCUCGAUUUGCUUCAGAUUUUAUUCCGGGACUACAAACUUCGCAGCUACACGCUGAAUGCGGUCAGUUACCAUUUUUUGGAAGAACAGAAGGAGGAUGUUGAACACAAUGUUAUCACUGAUUUACAAAAUGGAGACGCACAAACUCGACGACGUCUGGCUGUCUACUGUUUGAAGGAUGCUUAUUUGCCGCUUCGGUUGUUAGAUAAAUUGAUGUGUGUAGUGAACAAUAUCGAAAUGGCUCGUGUCACAGGUGUCCCUUUGACUUACUUGCUUACUCGUGGACAACAAAUCAAGGUCAUUUCUCAGUUGUUGCGAAAGGCAAAAGAACACGGAUUUGUUCUACCCACCUAUCAGUCACAACAAGGCGAUGAAUUUGUCGGUGCCACAGUUCUUGAGCCUAUCAAGGGAUUCUACAACGAACCUAUUGCUACACUGGAUUUUGCCAGUCUAUAUCCGAGUAUCAUGAUGGCAUAUAAUUUGUGCUACUCUACACUAUUACAAGUAAACAGCAAUAAGCAGUCUGGUGGAGGAUUGGAUGCCAUUGCAGAGAGAGCAAAAACCGAACUGGCCAAAGAAACGGAUCCGUUCAGGAGGCGAGUUCUUGACGGUCGGCAACUGGCCCUAAAAAUUAGUGCCAACUCAGUUUACGGUUUUACCGGUGCCCAGGUGAUCUAUGGUGAUACAGAUUCGGUUAUGUGUAAAUUUGGAGUAUCUACAGUCGCUGAAGCAAUGGAAAUCGGGCGAAAAGCUGCCGAUGUUAUUUCUGCUGAGUUCCCUCAUCCGAUUCGUCUGGAAUUCGAAAAAGUCUAUUUCCCCUAUUUACUGAUCAACAAAAAACGUUACGCCGGUUUGUACUUUACGAAACCCGAUCGGCAUGAUAAAAUGGAUUGUAAGGGGAUAGAAACCGUCCGUCGUGAUAACAGCCCAUUGGUGGCAAAUCUGAUCAACGCUUGUCUGGAACGUAUUCUCAUCAAGCGUGAUCCUCAAGCGGCGAUAACAUAUGCUCAGAGUGUUAUUUCUGAUUUACUGUGCAAUCGGAUCGACAUCUCCCAACUGGUGAUUACAAAGGAGCUUACCAAAACUGACGAGGAGUACUCGGGCAAACAAGCUCAUGUGGAAUUGGCGUUGAAGAUGCGCAAGCGUGACGCGGGCUCCGCUCCUCAUUUGGGCGAUCGUGUGCCAUACGUGAUCACUGCCAUAGGUGGAAAGAAUACGGCCACUUAUGCUAAAGCUGAAGAUCCGUUAUAUGUACUCGAGCACAAUAUACCGAUCGAUACAAAAUAUUAUUUGGAAAAUCAGCUCACGAAUCCUUUGCUGCGUAUAUUCGAACCGAUUCUGGGUGAAACUAAAGCCAAGUCUGUUUUACUGAAUGGCGAACACACUCGUGUCAAGGCUGUAGUGCACUCAAAAGUCGGCCAGUUAUCCGCGUUCACCCAGAAACGGGCUACAUGUGUUGGGUGUCGAACACUUUUGCCAGCAGAUCACACAGAAAGUGCCUUAUGUAAAUAUUGUGAGCCGAAAGCGUCAGAAAUUUACCAGAAGGAGAUCGCUCAGCUAAAUACUCUUGAGGAUCGAUUCGCCCGCCUUUGGACGGAGUGCCAGCGCUGUCAGGGAAGCAUUCAUGAGGAAGUGAUCUGUACCAGUCGUGAUUGUCCGAUCUUCUACAUGCGCCAAAAAUGCCGUAAGGACGCAGAGGAUCAGUACAAGGUGGUUGAACGUUUUGGUGACCCAAUUUGGUGA